UUUUAAAAACUGUAUUUUUGUUGUCCUGUUUUGUGUGCUUGGCUUCCGUACCAGAAAAGAAUAAAAAUGUUUUGAAAGCAGCGUUUGUUGAAAAAUACAAAACUAAGCGUUUGGGUACAUAUGUAAUCUACUUAAAAAGACAAUUUUUAUUUGUCAAUUGUAUAAAUUAAAUCGUUUGGUGAUAACUAAUUAUAAAUUAUAAAGGAUGUCUGAUUGGGAUACAGUAACUGUUCUCCGCAAAAAAGCACCCAAGUCCUCCACAUUAAAGUCAGAGUCUGCUGUCAACUCGGCACGUCGUCAGGGAGUUGCCAUCGAAACUCAGCAAAAAUAUGGUGCUGGCACCAAUAAGCAACAUGUCACCACAAAAAAUACCGCCAAGUUGGAUCGUGAAACUGAAGAACUGAAGCAUGAUAAGAUCCCCUUGGAUGUUGGUAAAUUGAUAAUGCAGGGUCGCCAGUCUAAAGGAUUAAGUCAAAAGGAUUUGGCAACUAAAAUUUGUGAAAAACAACAGGUUGUGACAGAUUAUGAAGCUGGUCGUGGUAUUCCCAACAAUGUUAUACUUGGCAAAAUUGAAAGGGUUAUUGGUAUUAAACUUCGUGGUAAAGAUCGCGGCCAACCCUUGGCGCCUCCCGGUAAGAAAUGAGGUGAUGCUGCUGCUGUAAGUAGCUACUCAACAAGCAGCAAUUUAAAAACCAAUGCUACUUACAGUCAAUGCAAAUAAUUAUCGGGAGGCUGCGAUAUUACAAAUACUGAACAUCAAAAAACUAUGAACUUAAAGUGAUAAUGAGAGUCCAAAUAAAAACAUCUUCAACUCGGACUUCAUCUUAAAACUAACUAUGUUUAAGUAGUAACUACCAUAAAGUUUACUUUUACUAAAAAUCUAUUUAAAUGCUUUCACCAAACAGAAGUAGAUUACAAAUUAUUGUCUAUUUUAU